GGCAGUGAGGUAGACGCCUCGGUUGGGGUCUUGACACGGCAAUUGCGGGGUCCUACGGAGAACGAGAGACGCAGCGAGAGAGUGAGAGAGCGAGGAAGGCGGGGAAGGCCAGGGAGAGAGAGCGGCCUAGAGAGAGAAGGGCCACUCAGGCGGAGCCAUGGCCAGGAGCGGAGACUUACUCAUACAUUAUCACAUGAUUUUAUGAAGUCUGCUGAUCUUAUUUCUGAAGAGUUGGCUGCACAGAGGAGAAGUUUUGCACUGCUGCUUUGGAUUGCUGUCAUCUCUGUGACACCUUGAUCAACCGACACCAUGUACUGCCUCCAGUGGUUACUGCCUGUUCUCCUCAUCCCCAAGCCCCUCAACCCAGCCUUGUGGUUCAGUCACUCAAUGUUCAUGGGCUUCUAUCUACUGAGUUUCCUGUUGGAGCGGAAACCUUGCACAAUCUGUGCCUUGGUCUUCUUGGCUGCUUUGUUCCUCAUCUGCUACAGUUGCUGGGGGAACUGUUUCUUGUACCACUGCUCUGGCUCCCAGCUGCCUGACUCUGCUCAUGACCCCAACAUAGUGGGCACCUAAAAUGUUCAACGGUUGCAAACUCCUCUUUUUUUCCUUUUCUUUUAAAGGGACAGUUUUAUGGGAAGGAGGUAUUCUAAGGCAUAUGAUGGGAGUACAAGCAACCUGUCUGUAUGUCUGGAUUAAAGUGUUUCAUUCAUUAUCACCUGCACUUCCAAAAUUUGCCUGUAAAAUUGUACAAAGUCUGUUCAUAGUGAUAACUGACAUUGCUGUCUGCCCAAGGGUAGCUUUUCUUCCCCCUUCUAUCUUCUGUAUUGUCUGAGCUUGGUCCUUCCAUUUCUGGUUUGGUGGUGAAGACAUCUGUUGAGUACUGCCUGACACUGGAGCAGCAUUGAUCUGACUCCUUUCCUAGAUUAGGAUGCCGCUGUUAGCCUUCUGGAAUGUGUCUUCCAGUUCUGUUGAGAGAAUUGGAAAGCCUUUUCUCCAUCUUGUGUUUGAUAAACAGCCAGUGAUUGUUCUUCUGAACGUCUGAGAGGGAACUUGCAAAUGGCUAAUAAGCUUGAGAGCUUUGUGGAGCCAGAGGCUGCUGAUUCAUCUGACCAGGCCGAACAGGAAUGUGUGUACUGCCAGAAAGCUUUCCAAACUAUUUAUCUGCCCAGAUCAUAGCUCAAAAAUUCCAGCGUCGUCAUGAUGCCACUUUUACAGCACAGGUGCUGAAGCUUGUCUCACCCCUUCCCCCUGCCAAAAAUUUACUUGUUUACAAAGGUCUUAGGUUGGGAAGAAAGCAUGCUUUGCUGUAAUGUUGUGUCCUUUUUACCAUUUUUGCUUUUGAAUUUUAAGCUCUCGGUCUUUUUAACUUGGAAAGGAAAAGGGAGUGCAGGGGUGGGGUGGGAUGGGGGUUGAACGUGCAAGUGUUGAAAUGAGAUGUAUGGGCUACUUUUCACUAUUGAAUUGGAGCUGACAUUUGAACAACAUAUUACUUGUUUCUUUUUUCACUUUCUCUGAAGUCAAAGAGUAUUAUUUUGUUCACAAGCAAAUGACCCAUGGCUCAGAUAUAUGAGAAGAAAGCAACAGACGGUUUGACUGCAGAUCCUUAUGUGAUUUCUGCAAAGCUGUUUUUUAUGGUCCCAAGAUCAUAGCUUUAUUUUUCUCCACAUACCUUCUUUCCCAAGUUUAGCUUCUUUUCUCUUGCACAUCAGCAGUUUUCAGAGAAUCGUAUCUCUUCUUUCUUCCAUAGGGAAUGAUUGCUUGUGAGAAAAAUAACCAGCCUUUGGAGGAAAGCAAACAUUCACUUUUUUUCUUGUAAUUUUAAAACGUUAUUUUCUUGUUUUGCCACUCAUUUGGCUUCGCACAAUCUUCCCUGGAGGAGUAUUGCUGAAAACUUUUUUUUCUCCAAGGGAAAGCAAUCGUGAAACUUCUACAGAGAAUUUUUAUUUUAUUUUUUGUUUGUUCAUUGCACAGCUGUUCAACAGGUUUAAUAAAGCUUUAUAAACUUU